CCACCGUCUACCAUUCCCUCCCUUUCCCGCACCAUUGUUGUGACAGACAUUCUACCCCCCGCUUCCAUUCGCCUAGUGUCGUCUCGCACCUCCAUUCUUCCGGCGACAUAUCGAGUGGAACCGGGUGCAGAUACGCUGUCGGGGACGUCUGCCGCAUGCAACAUUCACACAUCGCAUUUCCAGUCAGAGCAAAACCCGUCCGAGACGGGGAGGAAUAAUGGCUGUUGCGAAGAAAGAUGAAGGCGAGGAGAUGGAGUUGGUCAUCAAGCCCGAGGCCGUCACGCCCACCGUCGACACCAGUGGAUGGCCGCUGUUGUUGAAGAACUGGGACCAAUUACUCGUCCGCACUGGUCACUUCACCCCAAUCCCCGCAGGCUGCACCCCGCUCCGUCGCGACCUCAAAUCCUACAUCUCCUCCGGCGUCAUCAACCUCGACAAACCCUCCAACCCAUCUUCGCACGAAGUCGUAGCAUGGAUGAAGCGCAUGCUGCGAGUCGACCGCACCGGUCACUCCGGCACUCUCGACCCCAAAGUCACCGGCUGCUUGAUUGUGUGUAUUGAUCGUGCCACGCGACUGGUCAAGAGUCAGCAAGGCGCCGGGAAAGAGUACGUGUGCGUGAUUCGCAUGCACGGCAAGUUACCUGGCGGCGAGGCACAACUCGCGCGAGCCCUCGAAACCUUGACUGGCGCGCUGUUCCAGCGGCCUCCACUCAUCAGCGCCGUCAAGAGACAGCUGAGAAUCCGCACCAUCCACGAGAGCAAGUUGCUGGAAUUCGACAAUGAUCGCCAGCUGGCCGUCUUCUGGGUGUCGUGUGAGGCGGGCACUUACAUCCGUACCCUCUGCGUCCAUUUGGGCUUGCUGUUGGGAGUGGGAGCGCACAUGCAAGAGCUGCGUCGUGUUCGAUCGGGAGCGAUGGAUGAGCAAGAAGGCAUGGUCACCCUGCACGACGUGCUCGAUGCUCAAUGGCUGUACGACAACCAGCGCGACGAGUCCUACCUCCGAGCCGUCAUCAAGCCUCUGGAGAGUCUUCUCACCUCCUACAAGCGUAUCGUUGUCAAGGACAGCGCGGUCAAUGCCGUCUGCUACGGCGCCAAACUCAUGAUUCCCGGACUCCUGCGCUACGAGGGAGGCAUCGACGUGCACGAAGAGGUCGUUCUCAUCACCACCAAGGGUGAAGCCAUCGCUCUAGCCAUCGCGCAGAUGAGCACCGUCGAGAUGUCGUCCUGCGAUCACGGCGUCGUGGCGAAGGUGAAGCGGUGCAUCAUGGAGCGCGAUUUGUACCCGCGGAGAUGGGGCUUGGGCCCGGUGGCGACGGAGAAGAAGAAGAUGAAGGAAAGCGGCAAGCUUGACAAAUACGGGCGGCCAAACGAGCAAACACCGGCGCAGUGGAAGAAGGAGUACCAAGACUUCAACGCGCCGGAAGGUAUCAACGGCAAUGUGGAGGGAUCCGAGCAGCAGGUGGAUGAAGGUGCGCCCGUGAAAGAAGGCCACCCCGACAAGACCAGUGAUCGUACGAAAAGGGAAGAUGUGGCAAUGGCGGAUGCGGUGCCGCCAGUAAAUGUGGACGAUGGUGAGGGAAAGAAGAAGAGGAAGCACGAAGGCGAGACGGCCGAGGAGAAGGCGGAGCGCAAGCGGAAGAAGAAGGAGAAGAAGGCGGCCAGGCAGUCGGCUUCUGGCGGCAAGGAUGCAGAUGAUAGUGAUUGAAGGGAAAGCGAGCGUGUGGUUGCGAAGAUCUGAUUUGAGGCUGAGGGUGGUGUGCCUGGGCUGAAGUGGUUCUACGCUCGUCGGUUCUGUGCUUGCGGACAAGGGUGUAAAGGAAUACCACAAGGCGUGCGGCGUUGGAGGCGGGGAGCUGGAGGGACGGCGUGGAUGGCGCUCUGAAGAGACGAGCGUUGAUGCUGUCAAUGUUCCCGCUCACCGAUCGUGUUGAUAGCCGUCUGCCUAUACUGGAGUGAUUGCAAUGUCUCAAACCUCGCUGAUCCAUUUCGUCGUCUUCAUGAUCAAAUUCACUGAAGCAUGUUGCUGUG